AUGGAAGUCUCCAGACACCCCCGCAGCAGCCUCUUCUCCAGGGACCCUGGAGAUGGCUGCGACAGCGAGCACUGGGGUCCCCACUGCAGCAACCGGUGUCAGUGUCAGAACGGCGCCCUGUGCAACCCUAUCACCGGCGCCUGCGUGUGCGCCCCUGGCUUCCGAGGCUGGCGCUGUGAAGAACUCUGCGCGCCCGGUACCCACGGCAAGGGCUGCCAGCUGCCUUGUCAGUGCCACCACGGCGCCAGCUGCGACCCGCGCACUGGCGAGUGCCUCUGCGCACCUGGCUACACUGGCGUUUAUUGUGAGGAGCUGUGCCCCCCUGGAAGCCAUGGAGCUCACUGUGAACUACGCUGCCCCUGCCAAAAUGGGGGCACCUGCCACCACAUCACUGGGGAGUGUGCCUGCCCGCCAGGCUGGACGGGAGCAGUGUGUGCCCAGCCCUGUCCACCAGGGACAUUUGGCCAGAAUUGUAGCCAGGAUUGCCCUUGUCACCAUGGAGGCCAGUGUGACCAUGUGACUGGACAAUGCCACUGUACAGCUGGAUACAUGGGGGACAGGUGCCAAGAGGAAUGUCCCUUUGGAACUUUUGGUUUCCGGUGCUCUCAGCGCUGUGACUGCCACAAUGGAGGUCAAUGUUCACCAGCUACAGGUGCCUGUGAGUGUGAGCCUGGCUACAAGGGCCCUAGCUGCCAGGAGCGGCUAUGCCCUGAGGGCUUGCAUGGCCCAGGCUGCACCUUGCCCUGUCCCUGUGACACUGAGAACACUAUCAGCUGCCACCCAGUCACUGGAGCUUGUACCUGCCAUCCAGGCUGGUCAGGCCACUUCUGCAAUGAGUCCUGCCCUGCCGGCUACUACGGCAAUGGUUGCCAGCUGCCCUGCACCUGCCAGAAUGGCGCUGACUGCCACAGCAUCACCGGGGGCUGCACAUGUGCCCCAGGCUUCAUGGGAGAGGUGUGUGCGGUUCCCUGCACUUCAGGGACCUACGGUCCCAACUGCUCAUCUGUAUGUAGCUGUAGCAAUGGCGGCACCUGUUCCCCUGUGGAUGGCUCCUGCACCUGUCAAGAGGGAUGGCAGGGCCCGGACUGCUCCCUGCCAUGUCCCAGUGGGACGUGGGGCCUGAACUGCAAUGAGACUUGUGUCUGUGCCAAUGGUGCAGCCUGCAGCCCCUCUGACGGCUCCUGUGCCUGCACCCCAGGCUGGCUGGGGGACUCCUGUGAACUGCCCUGUCCAGAUGGCACGUUUGGGCUGAACUGUAGUGAGCAUUGUGAUUGCAGCCACGCCGACGGCUGUGACCCUGUCACAGGCCACUGCUGCUGCCUGGCAGGAUGGACAGGCAUCCGCUGUGACAGCACAUGCCCUCCAGGUCGCUGGGGCCCCAACUGUUCAGUGUCCUGCAGCUGUGAGAAUGGAGGCUCCUGUUCCCCAGAGGAUGGGAGCUGCGAGUGUGCCCCUGGCUUCCGAGGACCCUUAUGUCAGAGAAUCUGCCCACCAGGGUUCUAUGGCCACGGCUGCACCCAGUCUUGUCCCCUCUGCGUGCACAGCAGCGGGCCCUGCCACCAUGUCAGUGGCAUCUGUGAAUGCCUGCCAGGAUUCUCUGGAGCCUUGUGCAACCAAGUGUGUGCUGGAGGGCACUUUGGGCAGGACUGUGCCCAGCUCUGUUCCUGUGCCAACAACGGGACCUGCAGCCCCAUUGAUGGCUCCUGUCAGUGCUUUCCUGGGUGGAUCGGCAAGGACUGCUCACAGGCCUGCCCAUCUGGGUUCUGGGGCUCUGCCUGCUUCCAUACAUGCAGCUGCCACAACGGGGCGAGCUGCAGCGCCGAGGAUGGGGCCUGCCACUGCACCCCUGGCUGGACUGGACUCUUCUGCACGCAGCGUUGCCCUGCAGCAUUUUUUGGGAAGGAUUGUGGACACAUAUGCCAGUGUCAGAAUGGAGCCAGCUGUGACCACAUCACUGGGAAAUGCACCUGUCGAACAGGCUUCACUGGGCGCCACUGUGAACAGAGAUGUGCCCCCGGCACCUUUGGAUACGGGUGUCAGCAGCUGUGUGAGUGCAUGAACAAUGCCACUUGUGACCAUGUCACUGGUACCUGUUACUGCAGCCCUGGAUUCAAAGGAAUCAGGUGUGACCAAGCUGCCCUCAUGAUGGAUGAGCUGAAUCCCUACACCAAGAUCAGUCCAGCUCUGGGAGCAGAGCGGCACUCAGUGGGUGCUGUCACAGGCAUCAUCCUCCUGCUGUUCCUGGUUGUGGUACUGCUGGGCCUGUUUGCCUGGCGACGGAGGCGGCAGAAAGAGAAAGGCCGGGACCUGGCUCCCCGUGUCUCCUAUACCCCAGCCAUGAGGAUGACCAGCACAGACUACUCUCUCUCAGAUUUGUCUCAAAGUAGCAGCCAUGCCCAGUGCUUUUCCAAUGCCAGCUACCACACACUGGCGUGCGGGGUGCCUGCCACCAGCCAGGCCAGCACUCUGGACAGGAACAGCCCCACCAAGCUGAGUAACAAGUCCCUUGACAGAGACACAGCAGGCUGGACCCCCUACAGCUAUGUGAACGUGUUAGACUCCCAUUUCCAGAUCAGUGCCCUGGAGGCCAGGUACCCGCCCGAGGACUUCUACAUUGAACUUAGACACCUCAGCCGCCACAAUGAGCCACACUCACCAGGCACUUGUGGACUGGACAGACGUCAGAACACAUACAUUAUGGACAAAGGCUUCAAAGAUUACAUGAAAGAAUCUACAUGCAGUUCUAGUACUUGUUCCUUGAACAGCAGUGAAAACCCUUACGCCACAAUUAAGGAUCCACCCAUUCUCACCUGCAAGCUUCCAGAAAGCAGCUAUGUAGAAAUGAAGUCACCUGUGCACAUGGGGUCUCCGUACACAGAUGUGCCGUCCUUGUCGACAUCUAAUAAAAAUAUAUAUGAAGUUGGUAGGUGUCUCACAUAAGUAACUUAGCAAAACCAGGGCAACAGUGCAGCAUCUCAAGUGAAAACAAACCCUCCUCCACUCAUUCUGUCUCAACACACUCCUCUGUUUGGCUGCAAUUGAAGGAACCUGAGGAGAAACUCCGUCCCAGGACUGCCCUCCCCUCUAAUGCAGGAAAACAAAAUUUUGUGCCACUCUGCUUACAAAUCACAACUAAUAAGCAGUAGAAAUAGCCAGGGUGGGGAACCAGUAUACAACACUUAGACUGAAUGUUGUUUGAAAAAGAAAACAAUCAUAACCGCUGUUUGCAAGUUUUUAAAUCACUUCCUUACACUCCUGAUAGCUUCACGUCUAAUCAUAGAGGCAUUCAUAAGACCCACACCUUUAGGAUGUCCUAAACCUCUCGUUGAGCAGAGGCUGGAAUUCUGACAGUACGCUCCCUUAGGUCUCCAUCUCUAGAGCAAGCCUGUCCUGAUCCUCGUGUAUUGGUCAGAUUUAUAUAUCCAAAGUUCCUCUCCCCAACAAGUUAAAUAGAACUUUCAUCCCUCCCACAAAAGCAACAAAGCUAAUCUGUUCUCUGAACUCAUUUUUCACUAUAUUCCUUAGAGCCCACAGUCAAUGUGGUCCAAGAAGGCCGAGGUCAUAACUCCAGCUAUAUCCAGAAUCCAUACGACCUACCUAAGAACAGCCAUAUUCCUGGUCAUUAUGACCUCCUCCCAGUAAGACAGAGCCCUGACCAUGGGCCCUCCCAGGACAAGCAGUAAGAGGGAUAAGCUUCUCUCUUAGUGUGCUCUGCUGACUAUUCUCUGACUCUGAAAGAAGACAAUUGAUGACCUGAAAUAUCAGUACAGAUUGACCUGGAUUGAAAGAAGCACUUCCAAAUGGGAUUGGGGUAACUGUUCAAGAAAGUCUGUUCAGAAAGGCAAAAACUAUCACCUUCAGCCCUAAAUGCCCUGGGUAUGAUUUUUAAAACAUUUAAGAUAUUGCUACUCAUCAACAUCUGCUAAAUUCAGCUAAAAGAUAUGUACUUAAUAUGCCUGAAGCAAUGCUUAAGAUGCAUGUAGCUUAGGUUUUACAAACUUUCCUAGGAAGAAAAGGGGCCUGGGGAAGGAAAAGGGGCAGUUUAAAGCACCUGAAAUGUGAUGUGCUAUUGAUUGUUGCUACCAUCAACAUCUGUUUCGUGUAUGUAAGAGAACUGGUACAUGGACAUGAAUUGUUCUAAUAUUAAUCAUAAAGUCUGUAUACAUAUAGGUAUGGUCCAUCAAAUUAUAAGAGCCAAAAUUGGAGUUUAAAAUACAGCAUACUUCUGACAACUUGCGUUUUCAAAAACAAGAAUUUAAUAGAGUCCCUUUCUUCUGCCCCAUCAGUGAUAGUAGGCAAAACAGAAAAGGAGAAGAGUAAUUAUUUCAAAAGUGCAGCUGUUUCACGAUUUCUAUGCCUGCUUUACCAAAUUUUGCCCAGUAAAAGCUCAAUAAUGAUGAGCACCAAGCCAAGUGGUGGUGGUGGUGAUGCACACCUUUAAUCCCAGCACUCAGGAAGCAAAGGCAGGUGGAUCUCUGUGAGUUCCAGGCCAGCCAGAGUCCCAAGACAGACUCCAA